AUGAAGGCCGACACAGAGCUAGGGAAAGCCUCCGGCAAGGAGGGAUCUGAACAACCUGCAGCAUCCCCUUCAACUUCCUCCCCGUCGUCCUCCGCCUCUUCUUUCGAAGGCUCCGGAAUCGCGACAGUUGGCGGCGAGGCUCCGGUGGAGCAGAAUCCGGACGAGAAGUUUUGCGUAGAAAGGCGCGUGCUGCUUUGCGAGUCGGUUUUGUGGGACAUGCUGGAAAAUUACUACAAACAAAUGGCGAUCACGGCCUGGGCACAGGACUACGUCCCGAGCUUCGUGACGAGCAACUCACGACUCUGUCGCUCGUACGCUCGCGUGAUCUUCAACUUCCUCCAGGAUCUCUUUGCGAUGCAGAAGAAGGCGUCCAGCGUCCAGGGCGAGAGGGCCGGGUCUCAAGCGGCAGCAGAAGAUUCGCUGGCGACUCGCGUUGUCAUCGUCGAGAUCGGCGGCGGCCACGGCCGAUUCACCUACCUGCUGCUGCGUGCGCUCUUGAGAUAUCAACACCUCUUUCGCGACCUGGGGCUCCCGGAAAAACCUUUUCUCUACGUCUUCUCGGAUGUGGCAGAAGCAAACGUCGCGUUCUGCUCCAAACAUCCUGCCUUCCAGGAGUUUAUUCAGCAAGGCUGGCUGGACUUUGCUGUCUUUGACGGAAAUGACAAGGAAGCCCGGAUCCAUCUCACCUGCAGCAAACGCACUGUCCCCAUUGGCACUCCAAUCGUCGCAGUCGCGAACUACGUCUUUGACUCUCUCCUCACCGAUGGGUGGAGAGUGACUCCCGGCAAGGAGGUCGAGUUCCACCGCGCGGCAGUGUCUGUCUACUCGCCGCAAGUUGAGCCAGACCCCACUGCGGCAGACAUUAUGCUCCGCAUGAGUCUGGGCUGGGAUUGGUUCCCCGUCGACUUAGACGAGGCCUGCGCCGCUUCGGUGGAGACACACGAGGGCGAGAAGCUGCGAAGCUCGCGCAGGUCUCGAUACCUGUGCGAAGACCCGACGAUCCGACAGGUGCUGGAAAAGUACCGCGAGCUGAACAAGACGCUGUCAUUCGUGUUGCCGGUCGGGGCCUUCUCGCUCUUCCGGAACCUGCUGCGCCUUAGCGGCAACCGACUCUUCUGUCUGAUUGGUGACAAGGGGUACCCGACCGCCGACGAAUUCGCAGGCGAACGCGACCCCCACAUUGCGAUUCACGGCUCCAUCUCCUUCAUGCUCAAUCUGCAUGCGGUGCGACUCUACUUCGACGCGCUCGGUGGCUUCUCCCAAGCGACGCCGUAUAGAGACACCUUCCAGAUCACCGGCCUGUGGUUCUGUGGACAACAGAGCGACAUGCCUCGCUCUCGAGCUGCCUUCCUCGACGACCUCGAAGACAUGGCCCCCGACGGACUCAUUCAGUGGCAACGCGCUUGCCAGGAACUCGUCGCCAGCGCCGGAGACACGGGCGUCAAGAUCAAGGAACUGAUUUCGCUGCUGCGGUACUCGGGCCACGACGCAGAUGUUUUGCUGAACUUCCACUCCGCCUUCACAAGCCAGUGCGUGCAGCCACUGAUCAGUUUGCGGACCGAGCAGGACCUUCUCUUCGACAUUGACCAGGUGUACAAGAACUGGUACAAGUUGAAGAAAGGUGAAGACGUCGCUGACCUCUGUGCACACAUCUGCAUGCGUCUGGGUCGCUGCGACGCAGCCAUCAAGUACCUCAAGGGAAGCAUCGAGGCUUGUCCCGAAGGCAUACACAGCGCAACGUUCGUCAAUCUUGCGUCUUGCCACAAGGUCCUUGGAAAUAUCGAAGAAGGCAUCGAGUGCUGCGAGAAGGCGCUCGCACUUCACCCAGACUACGCGCAAGCCAAGGAAAUGUUGGUGACUCUCAAAAUCUGCCGAAAUCCAGUCACCGUCGCUCUCGUCGGCCUUGGAUACUGGACCAAGUACGAAGCGGUGCACCUUCUUCGGCGAGAUCGUCGCAUCCGAAUCGUCGCGGUCUAUGGCUUCAAACAAUCUGAAGCAGAGGCCUUCAAUUCGUGCCUGGGUCUAGAUGACGUCGCCGUUUACUCGGGUUCCUCAGGAUUGAAGGAUCUGCUCCAGCGCAAUGACAUUCAGGCCGUGGUCCUCGACGUCCAUGGCGAAUUAAUGCCGUCGUUCUUGCCCAAGAUGUUUGAGGCGGGGAAGCACGUCCUGUCACGCUCGCCGCUUGGUUUGCGCGUCGAGACAGGCUGGAAGUUGAUUGAGGCCUACAAGCCCUUCGCCUCUCGUCUCGUCUGGCACGCUGUGGAGAGCGCUCGCGUGGAGGAAGCUUUUCUUGAAGCUCGCAAAAUCGUUGCGGACUUGGGAGCUGUGACAACCGUCUCUGUGCAUUGCGCCACAGACCUCUUCAUCAGUGCCGCGACCAAAGCAAGCGACGGAUCCCCGUGCUUCCCCUACGACGUCAAGGACCACUUGGCCCUCGAGCUUCUGCGCUGCAUCGCCGCGAUCCGAACCAUCACGGGAGAACAACUCGUCGGUGUAGCCGCGUUUUUCGGAGGCGACUCGCAAUUGCCUGCUCGCGUCGAUGGAGAAGGGACGGCGGAAGAGGACGACCGCGAGGCGGACCCUCAGAAGAAGGCGACGAGACUCCGGAGGGACGCGCCGCGUCUCACGGGAUGGCUCCAGUUUACUGGGAAGAACUGCUCGGACUAUGCGGAGGUGCCAGCGACAUUCAUGCUGACGAAUUCUGCGGGGGACAACAGCCUCAAGUACACGAUUUGUUGUAUCCGCGGCACUCUGGAGAUUUCCAAGAGCAUGUCAGCUUGGCAGUUGAGGACAAUCACGGACGGAUGCUCGUCGACCUCCCAUGCAAUACAGAGUAUCGGUCAUCAAAACAGCCACGACGCUUGGCUGAUGGAUCUGUACCAUUUCCUAUAUGAAAAGAACGCAUCCAACUUCUCCGAAGACGACCAGCCUCUUGUUGACGUUACCGUCAACGCAGCUCUCUCGGACUGUGCCACCAUGGACGCGAUACUCACCUCCUUGCAGAAGGGUGGCUUCCCCGUUCGUUUCGCUGUGAAGAAAAUUGCCACGGAAAAGGUCGGAAAACAUGUCAGGAGUGAGUUGGAGAGCGCGGCAUAAACUCCCCACGGUCUCCUGUUCCAGAGAAGGCUGCCAAGUUUGGUACUUUUUUCUUUUGAAAAUCGUUUUGAUGAUGAAAAGAGGCGUGUUUCUGUUUUGCCUCGGUCUGUGGAACGAGGGCCAAAACGGGAUCACGGUGGGUCACUUUCUUUUUACGGGAGAGGGUCAAAAACCUUAGUUGCCAUUUGUGUUCCCCUUUUUUAGUCUUCGGAAGGGACAAGGAUCGACGAGCUACGAAGUUUCUCGCUGUUUCUAUUACGACAGUUUUUAAAAUGAUUGUUUCCGAUCCCUCUGUUCAAUAUCUGACACGUCGCGUUGAACACCAUCGGCGAGCCAAUACCUUGUCACUCCAUACGUCUAUGGGUUCAUCUCGUCGCCAAAGGCGCCCAAGGUGCACCGCGGGAAACAGUCUUGCUCUAGACCUCGAUUGUGCUGUUUCGUCUUUUAAGGUUCAAGCAUGCUGGCUCUUGUAAGCAAAGCGGAAUUUGGCUGGAGCGUUCAGCUGAUCCGUCUUUCA